GACAGCAAGGAGGACAGCGACCCCCGGGCUGAUGACGACGUGAAUCACUCCACCGCCUAAUUAGGUGCAAGCCCCGCUGUAAUGUGGAACGGAAACAGCCCCAGGCAAGAACCUUGCUUGCCAAGGUAGCCACGGGCAGCUUAGCGGUUUCCCAAAGGCCUGGAAUCCCCUGCGCCCACCCAGUUCGUCAUUCAUCAACGGGUCACAUCAAUACUGGACGCUUUUUCGACCUGCAACAUUCCGCCAAUUAUCUCACUGCACCUUACCGUCCGUCAUCUUCUUGCAAGUGUAAUGGAUACACAAACUCAUAAGCUAUGCGGUUAUUUCUAACAAGUUACACAUUCCGGAAAGCAAGAAAACUCCACCUCAGGAACGAAUGGGCGAGCGCCGAGGGUCGACCCAAGGGCCACCAUGCCUCAAGACCUAAACCUAUAUGGGCAGCGCCCAGCCAAGAAGCAGAGAAAAGAGCUGGCGCUUCCCAGCUCCCUGGCUUUUACGUCGCAGCUCAGCUCCCUGCUUGCGGUGCAAAACGCCGCAACCUCGGUGGCGGCGACAACGACAACGUCGUCCUCUUCUACAAUGAAUGCCGCCUCCGCCGCGCCGAGCACCAGCAGCAACACCGCAAUACCAGGGCGCGCGCGGCCAUCCAAGUCAAAAACGGAUUUACUGUUCUUGGGCGUGAAGAAGCGCAAAGCCGGUAAGGGAAGACAUGACGACAGUGGUGGGGACGCGGAGCGUGAUAGGAGCAGCGCGAAGCUCUCUCUGAAAGACCCCGUUGGAACCGAGGGCGACAAGGCAGAGCGCGCGCAAGCGCGGCGCAAGAUGGAGUCCAAGGCACGCCUCUACGCGGCCAUGCAGCGGGGAGACUACGUUGGGCGCGAGGUUGGGUUAGUCGACUUUGACCGCAAGUGGGCCGAGAAGGCUGAGAAGAAGAAGCAAGGACAUGGUGGCUCGUCAUCCUCAUCCUCUUCUGGAGACGAUAACAAUGAAGAAGAGGAUAGCAUGGACACAGAGGUGAUGGAGUACGAGGACGAGUUCGGGCGGCUCCGACGGGGGACGCGGGCCGAGAAGCUGCGGUUAGAGCGGCAGCUGGCGCGGGGCCAGGCGUCUGCGGCCGAACUGGAGCGCAUGUCGGCGCGGCCCCGGGCGCCCGAGAACCUCAUUGUGGGCGACGCGGUGCAGAUCGAGGCGUUCGCGGCCCUUGACGCUGAUGCUAUGGAUGAACUGGCGCGCAACCGCGACCGCAGUGCCACGCCACCGCCCGCCACGCACUACCAGGCUGAUCGCGAGAUCCGGAAUAAGGGCGUCGGCUUCUACGCCUUCAGUAAGGAAGAAGACCGGCGCGCCGCCGAGAUGACCGCCCUGGAUGCCGAACGCACUAAGACUGAGGCUCUGCGUAAGGAGCGCGAGGAUAAGGCGGCCGCCCGCCGGCGUGAGAUCGAGAUGCGCCGGAAGGAAAUUGGCGAGCGGAAGGCCAAAAAGAUGGCUGACAGCUUUCUCGACGGUCUGAGCAAAGACAUCCAGUUUGUCGCCGCCGGGGCAGAGAGCGGUGGAGUACCGGACAACGACAAGUAGCAGUAGGCCAAUCUUGACUGUGCAAAUAAUUAAAAUUUUUGAUACCCUCUUCAUGAUGGAACCCGCAUAAGGGGCAAUGAGACGCUAU